GUAGUUUCCCUCCGACAAGAAUGUGUGUUUUUCAUGACAAUUAGACUUUAUUGUAAAUGUAAAAAAAAACAAUGGAAUCGCGUUAUUUAGCGUCAUAUUUUUAGCGUAAAACGAAAAAAAUUUAUUGAAAUAUUGUUUCAAUUAUAAAACACGAUAUAGAAAACAAAAAUGGAGAAAGAAGCAAUGGAUAUUAGCAAUGAAAUAAUAGAAGAUAAUCAAGAAAAACAUCCACAACCUCCUACACAACCCCCACCUCCUCCUAUAGUUCGAGUACCAGUUAAACAUACAAAUCUUGGAAUUCGGAGUCAUGCAAUGGACAUGAGCACAAUGGUAGAACUGACAUCAUUCAGUACUUUAGGAAAAAUUCAACCUUUUUUAGUGACUAUAUCCACAACUGCAGCACUUCUUGUUGACCUGCAUUGUCAUUUAACUGAUAAAGAAGUCUGUGGUUACUUGGGAGGACAUUGGGACAUCAAUUCUCAUACUCUUUCGAUAUUAGGAGCAUAUCCGUGUCGUUAUGCAGGUAAAGAUAAAACUGCAGCAGCUGUAGUUGAAGGCGAAAUAGCACGUGCUAUGGAAUGGAAAAGAAUGAUUUUAGUUGGUUGGUAUCAUUCUCAUCCCCGAACUCAUGCCUCACCGUCAUUAAGAGAUGUAGAUUCUCAACUUGAUUAUCAAAUAAAAAUGAAAGGUUUCAGUGAUAAUGGAUACACACCAUGUGUUGGUCUCGUAUGUUCUCCUUAUAAUACUGAUGGUAAUUGUUAUGAAUCAAAUUUCAAUAUAUUUUGGUCCUUACCUCCACCGGAAGGUAGACCACAUGAAUAUCCACGACCAAUGCUUUUAAGUUACACUUUGUCUCAGGAGCAUUAUAUCUCACAAGAUGCUUUAGAAGAGAUUAAAAAGUGUAUCGAUUAUUACAAAUUGGAAGGUGGGAUCGACUUUAAAACCAUAUUCAACGGCAAUACGACUUAUCUUGAAAGGUUGAGGAGUUCUUUACAGUCAAAACUUCCUGGACGAAAUCGAACGAACGGUUCCUAUUGGGAUGCAAUUCGAGAAAUGAUAUGUCCCGGUUUUGAGGAUAAUUUCUCAAAUUCAUUAAAUCAUGUUGAUCCAUUUUUAAUGAAAUUUCCCUUAGUACCCGAGCAAUUAUUAAAACCGAAUGCAAUGAAUGCGACGGGAAAUGUUUUUCUCACACCAUUAAAUUUCAAACCAGAUAAUUCAAAUUCAAUUGCCUCGAUAACAAAACAAUUUGGCUCAUCACAUCAUCAUCAUCAUCAUCAUCAUCAAGGAAAAGAUUCUUUAGAGAAUAUUAGCAGUAGUAGUAGUAGUAGUAGUGGUUUAUUGAAAACUGAUAUCAUAAAACAUCAAACACAUCUUCUUCAAACCGAUACAAUUCCAAGUUUUAGAGCCGGUGAACUUACAGUUUCAUUGAAAAAUGCAAAAAAUGAAUAUGAAUAUACACCACCUGAUUUUACAAAAACUUUAAAUCUUCCAAGUUUAGAUCAUGGAAAAUCGAGAGCUUCCGAUUAUCCACUAACCGAUUGUCUCACACAACAAAUGACAAAAUAUCCCGAUUUAUCGAAAUUAACAAAUUUUUCACCUAGUGAAUUGGCGAAAAUUUCUGGAUUUUCUCUAAAUGAUUUUACAAAGGCCUCGUCAUCGUAUAUGAGAAAUAUUGCUAGUCUCUUUGGACCACUUGGUAAAGCACCAGAAAUACCAUCAGAAAUUAAUGAGAGAAGAUCGAGUGAUUUUCCAUCCGCAGAUAUGAUUCCAAGUCCCUAUAAAAUUUCCCUAUCGCCAACGUCUCAGGAACAACAACAACCACAACAACAACCAGUUAAUAGAAAUUUAAUUGAUGAUUUUGGUGGAGAACGAAAAAAAGAUUUAGGCGAAACUUCGAAUUAUAAAUUAAUAGAAGAAUUGGCAAUGUCAAAUGUGAAAACUGAUUUUACUUCAACAUUAGAUAUGAGCACUAAAAAACAUCAUUCGGAUUCUACAGAUACUUUAAAUCUUUCAAUGGAUCGUUGAUUAUUUAAAUCAAUAUAAUUGUAUUUUUUUUUCUAAAAUAUAUUAGUUAAAUAUUUGGAGAAAAAUACAAUACAUUUUUUUUUCUCAAUAGCUUAAGAGCGUUCCUAAUUGAAGUGAAAUUUCUUGCAGAUAAAAAUGAUUAUUUUUGUUUAAAAUUUAUUUAAAAUGUUUUUAAUUGAUGUUGUUUUAAGUUAUCAUAACUUAUUUGAUAAGAAAAGUGUUUUCUAUACUCGAUGAAAAAUUUUGCCACAUUGUAAUAGAAAAAAAAAAAAAGAACUUUAAGAGAUCUAUAUUUUGUGUCAGGAAUUAUUAAUCGAUUUAAUUGAAUAUAGAAAUUAAAAAAAAAAACAUAAUUGAAGUGUGUGUUUUAAUAUUAGAUAAACUGAAUGCAGCAAUACAGAAUAAUCUAAAUUAUUACUUUAGAUUAGCAUUUAAUUUUUAUUGACACUCCAAUAGAUUUAAAUUUAAUUAAUUUAUUUGGUAAAUUUAAUGACAUUUUAAUUUUUUAUUUAAUGUUUGAUUCAUUUUUAUGUGACGAUUAUCUGCUGUGCUUUAUUGAUGUAGUAUUAAAUUUACGAAUAAUUUGACAAAUUCAUGAAACAAUAUAUGUUACGUUUGUUUUAAAGCGUAAUUGACACAGAAAGUUUUUAUAUUAAUAAAUUCAAGGUCUGAUAAAGUU